CGUGGCAACGGGACAGCGCGGCACGGCCCGGAAUGGGCCCGGGCCGGGAACGGCGGGGACGGGGACAGGACACGGGACAGGGACACGGGAACGGCGGUGCUGAGGUGACACUGCCUGUGCACUCUGACCCUGCUGGUGCUGUGCUGGCAUUGGGGCACAUCUGAGCACUGAGCAUCUGAGAACAUCCCAGCCCUGAACAUCCCAGCCCUGAACAUCCCAGAACAUCCCAGCCCUGAACAUCCCAGAACAUCCCAGCCCUGAACAUCCCAGCCCUGAACAUCCCAGCCCAGAACAUCCCAGAACAUCCCAGCCCAGAACAUCCCAGAACAUCCCAGCCCUGAACAUCCCAGCCCUGAACAUCCCAGAACAUCCCAGCCCUGAACACUCCUUUUCCUCCUCCCAUCCCACCUUGGGAACAUCUGGCAGACCAAACAACUUCUGAUCACUUCAGCUGAGUGGCUGGCGUGACCCAUCAGUGCCGAACGGGAUGAAUCCUUCAGGCAUGAAAUACAUUCCAGUCUCUUCCCCACACACUUACACCACAAACAACAUCCAGGUCCCUCCAAAAAUCCUGGUGCCGCCCGUUUUCCAGCCUGCCAGCUGGGAACUGGGAAGGAGCUCUGCCUCCAGCCUGGAGGGCUCCCAGGAUUCUGACCCGGAGGGCCUGGAGAAGGAGCGGCAGCAGCGGCUGGCCCUGCAGCACAGCAUCCUGCAAAACCAGGAGCUGCCGGGGCAGGAGGCUGCUGACAUCCUGGGGGAUGACAGCGUGGAUGAGGACAGCUUGGAGGAGAUCAGUUCUCAAGAGGCAGGAGCUGAGUACGACACCAAAAAGAAAGGAAAACCAAGGAUUUAUGGCAGUGGAAGGAAAAAACUGCCUGUGGACAAAUAUUCCAGCCUGAGGUACAAUCCUCAUUGGAAGAAUGCAAAAAAUGGAGAUUUUUUUGAGGCAGAGAAGGCAUCCCAAAUUUUUGAAGGAAGCAGCGGGGACUUUUCACUGGAUUCAUUUUACCUCCAUUCUGAUGGCUCCUCAGAAAAUAAUGAACAGGAGGCAAAGACCCAGGAUGCACUCCCAGAGUUUGGUCCAGAAUUAUUCACCUUUUAUGGAGCAAACGUGGCCAGCAACAAACCUGUUGGGCCACAAGCCAAAAGGGAGGAACCUGCUGAUGGAUUUCACUCCAAAGAUAAUCCUGCCCAUGCUUUUCCUCCUCAGAACCAACAGGACCCACCCCAAAGAGCAAAAAAAAACUUUGUGAGAAAAAAUAAACGGACUUUGGGGUUACAGUCAGAGAGGAUUAAUUCCUAUCUUGAGCUGCACAAUAAAAAGCAGCAAGUUCUUCAAGGGCAGGUCACACAUCCUCCACCAGUUGAAGAACCACUCCAGAGUGUCCCAACAUUCCAGACUGGGAAAAUGAAGCCUGAAGACAAAUGGUACCCAAAAGGACAGCAGCUCAAGGAGCAGCAGAGGUUCCUGCAGAGACACAAGGCAGGCUCCAAGCAGCCCCUCAGGGGCAGAGCUUUCCCGAGGGGCGAUGGCCGAGAGCCCCCAGGAGCAGCAGCAGCAGAGCCCUGGAUGCAGAGGCAGCAAACCCCAGGAUUCCAGGCUGCUCCCCCUGCAGCCCAGGAGCCCAGCUCAGCCCUCAGUUCUUCUCUUGGCCCAGCAGAAAAACCCCAAAGUGGCUUCAAUAAUCUCCCAGAUUCAACCCUUACCACGCCUGCCUAUCAUUUCCUCCCAAUAUUCCAGAAUUUUUACCCACCAGAGGUUUUAAAUCCUGAAUAUCCCAGUAAGGAGGACAAGAAAUACCAGCACGACUCUCCAGCUGGAAUUCCACAUCAAUUCCCAGCCAGUGCCAUCCCUGGGCAGCAUUUUUCCAGGAAUAACAGCAGCAGUGGCCAGCCACAUCCAGAACUGGAGAAUAUUUCAUCUGAUUUUAAUGCGAUGUUUCAAGAAAGGGUGAAGGAUCAAGCACUGCUUCCAGAUUUCAGAAAUCAUAUUCAUGAGGAUAACAGCUCACCAACAGCUGCUUGUAGAAUCUCCCAUUUGACAGAAAGGAAGGAGCAGCACCGGCCAAGAAUUUCUGAUUUUGGGGAUGACUUUGCUGGCACGUGGCUGUGGGGUCUGUUCCCACCUGCCCUGCCCCAGGGGCAGAGGGGCUCACAGGGAGAUUCGGGAAAAGCUGAAGGAAAUCCAAGGAAAAUGAGACGAAGCAGCUCAGAAGGGUCUCUCCUGCAAAGGGAAAAGCAAAACCAGCCCAAAGCCAGCAAGAAGCUGGGUAGCUCCAAAUUCUACUUCAAUCUGAGUAUGAAGCUUGGAGGCCUUGGACCUGACUAUGAAACAAUCAAAGAGAAAAAAGAAAAGCUAAAGCUGCAGAAGGAAUAUUCCAGGCAAAUUAAGGAGUAUAACAUGAGGAACAUUACUGUGGUUCAGAGGUUGCCUGCAAAGCCCCAGGUGUCUUCAGUGUCCAGGCAGAAGGCUCUGGAAUAUGCCAAGAAGAUUCCAAGACCAAAGACCUUCAUAGCGAGGCAAUCAGAGCAGGAGCUGAAGGAGGUUCUGCCCCAGGCUCCAGCUGGAACCAGCUUCCCCAAAAUCCCUUCCCUGGAGUCUUUGUGGAGCAGGCACGAGAAGGAGAAGGAGGUUGUGGCUGCUUUUGAAGCCCUUCACAUCUUCUCUUGGCUUGUCACAGCUGGAUCAUUUUUAAACAUAUAAACAGGAAAAUAUAUCUACAAAACAUUAAAAAUAAACUUCUGUUUCUUCUGAUGAUCUUUCCACCAGCAAUCUUUCUCUUUCUUAAAUGCAGAAGAGACUUUUGACCAGAAAUAAAAGCAAAAAUAAUCCAUUGCUGCUAAAAAAGAGAACAAAAAUAUGCUCCAAACAGAGCUGUUGGUAAUGACACAAUGCUAAUUAUUUAAUUGUUACUCUGUUAUCUCUUAGUGAAGAGUUUCCUCAAUAAAACCAAAAUUUUGAAGCUUCAUUUGGGACAAGAAAAUUCCAAACCAGUCCUGGCUGAGCACGCAGACAAUCUGGGAUUAGCCAGGAGCAGUUGGAGAAUAUAUUGGGUAACUGGGGAUAAUUGAGAGCUGCAUGUUUGAGAGGAAACAGCUUUUAACAGAUUAAGCUGUAAAAAUAACAACAAACAGAUGGGUUUCUUAGGGUGCUUCCAUUUCUUGAACUCAGCAAAUUAUGAAUUAAGUCACCAUAUGAAAUGUGAUUAGAGCACACAGCGAGGGAAUUUGGGCUAAAACCUGCUGGAAAACAGGCUGGAUAAAGGAAUAAAAACCCAACCGCCUUGU